UACACGAAAACACUCGAGUUUUGUUCCUCCUCCUCGCCGGCACCGGGAAGCUACGAUGGCGAAGAAAGAGAUUAGUAGCACUCUGAGAAACCUAAAGUUUAUGCAAAGGUCUGCUCUCAAAGAGGAGAAGAAGAAGAAGAUUGAUGAAGAGCCUAACGAGAGCUUUCCUUCCCUUGGAACUGUUGCAAAGAAGUGUGUGGUAAUAACAGACUGGGAUCCUCAGCCAGGAGCAUCGUUAGGACGCAUGUCGUUUCAGUCUUUCAACCCUUCUAUCGAGAAACUGAAUGAAGAGGCGAUAAGCGGUGGACAAACAGAUGCUUCUCCCACAAGCUCUAGCAGUAACGGUGGAAGAAUGUCUUUCAGUGAACCGAAGAAGGUUGAGACAAGCCGGGAAACAAAUGGUGGUGACUUGAAAAGGAAACAGCCCGAGGAACAAAACCAUCCAAGCAAGUCCGUGAGGAGCAGCGACAAACCAUCACCAAGCAACAGACAAGGCGAUGAUGGUUUCAAGAAACCCAAGAGCUGGAGCGGUUUGAAACCACCAAAACCUCAAACCAAAAAUUAGCUAAAGCUCAGCGACCUAGUUCAAAUUAGUUCACAUGUUUUAUUAGAUCAUUCGUCGCCCGCUGUCUGUAUCAUCAUUCACAUGGUGUUGAUGGUUGUUUUGUGCUUGUGUUUAGCUCCAGAUAUAUGAUGAAACGGUUUUGACUUUCAAUUAAGAUUACUACAAGUAUCAUUCAUGUGAUCAAA